AUGUCAGUGGAUCAAAACGCCAAUGCCAGUACUCCCCAAGGAGGAGACUUCAAUGCCAUGCAGCAGCAGCAGCAGCAACAGGGGGGACAACAGAUGGGCGGCCAAAUGGAUGGCCAGAACUUUCAAGGACAAGACGGCAAUGCCAUCCUAGCCCAACAACAAGCACUCAUGGCCAUGGCCGGAGGUUCUGCCGGUGGAGGAGGCGGCCUUGAUGCUGGAGCCAGCAGAGAAGCUCUCAUGAACCUUUUGUCAAGACAAGGAUUCGGCGGCGGUAUGGGCGCUGCUGGAAUGGGUGGCAUGGGUGGAGGCAUGCCUGGAAUGCAACAAGGAUUCGGUGGCAUGGCAGGAUUCCAAGGUCAACAAUUCGGUGCUUUUGGCGGCCUUGGAGGAGGUGCCCCCGGUGGUGCCCCUGGUGGGGGCGAGCAAGGAAACUCCGGCGCCCCAGGUGAAAACGGAGCUCCUGGACCUGGUGCCGGAGCUGGCAUGAUGGGUGCCUUUGGAGCUCCCAACCAAGCGUUCGGAGGAUUCGCACCUGGCAUGGGCGGUGGCUUCAAUGCUGGCCUCAUGGGCGGCAUGGGAGGCAUGGCUGGGCUUCCAGGCAUGGGCGGUAUGGCUGGUAUGGGCGGCGCCCCCAACUUUAUGGGUGGCGGUGCCGGCAUGGCUGGUAGCGUCUUGGGUUCUAGCAACCUCUUGGGUUCUGGAGGUGCUAGCCAAGGACUCGGGGGAAGCGAGGGCAGGGGAGGAGCUCCUGGACCAGCUGACGGCGCCGGUGCUGGAAUGGCUCAACAAAACAUGCUUCUUCAGCAAAUGUUGCAGCAACAAGCUGGUGGUGGCGCCUCUGCUCUUUGGCAACAAUACGGAAGUAUGAAUGGUGCUGAAGGUAUGAUGGGCGGAGCUGGUGGUGCCGGCUCUGGGGUUCCUGCCUUCUUGGGCAUGCUUGGACAAGGAGGUGGUGCCCAACCACCUCGUGAAGCUUCCGAUUCUGGUGUAUUCCAAGCUGGCGCCUUGCCAGACUUUGCCAAGAGUGGCAAGAAGUCUCGACCCAAGAAGCCCAAGAACAAGCCCAAAAGACCGCUUUCUGCCUACAACAUCUUCUUCAAGGAUGAACGUGCCAAGAUCCUUGCCGAAAUCCCAGACAAGAAGGGAGACGAAGAAGACGAGGAGAAGGAAGGUGAAGAUGGUACUGCCGUCAAGAAGGAAGACGGUGAAUCCAAGGAUGGCGAAAAGAAGGAGGGAGAAGAAUCCAAGGAUGGCGAAGGGGAGAAGAAGGAUGGUGAAGAAUCCAAGGACGGAGAAAAGAAGGGAGAUGAUAAGGAUAAGAAAGACGGCAAGAAGGUCGCUGGAAACAAGAGAAAGAGAAAGCCCCACGGCAAGAUUGGAUUCGAAAGUUUGGCCAAGAUUGUUGGUCAACGCUGGAAGGAGCUCCCUCCUGAAGAGUUGGACAUUUACAAGAAGCGUGCCGAAGAGGACAUGAAGAGGUAUCGAAAGGAAAUGGAAGCUUACGUCCAGAAGCAAAGAGAAGGACUCGAGCAAAGCCGUGAGCACUUGGAAAAGCUAGUAGACGAAGAAACCAAAAAGCGCUACUUUGGUGAUGCUGCUCCUGGGGUCUAA